GAAAUUUUACUGUGGCGGUUUCAAAGGGCGAAGUCUGACCGAACCAAUGAAGAUGUUCUGGAUACUUGUUUUCACACUUUUUGCUGUGCCAAGCAUGGGGGAAGUUUUUACCUCCAUGACGGACAUGAGUCGGCUCCUUGUUACAGAAGGGGAGAUGAUACGAGCAGUUGAAAAUUACAUAGUGGCACAAGAGGAAAAACUCAUGAAGUUGAAAAGAGAUGUCUUAGAGAUGGAACGAGUCCAUGAUGAAGCAUCUCGUUCCCCUGAAGCAUUUUUGGGCAACCCAAUUAAUGCUUACCUGUUGGUCAAGAGGCUUACUGUGGACUGGCUUGACCUUCAGAAUAUUAUGACAGAUGAUAGUACUGGCCAAGCCAUGUUAAACAACCUAACAAGCAUGGCAUCAAUGCUUCGCUGGCCAGAUGAAGAGGACCUUAAUGGGGCAGCAACAGCCCUUAUGCGUCUCCAAGAUACAUAUAAGCUGGACACAUCACAGAUUGCAAGUGGUGACAUUCUAGGGAAGAAAAGAGCAUACAGAGAACUUACAGCUGCUGACUGCUUUGAGCUUGGUCGCCAGAGUUACAAUGGGGGUGAUCAUUAUCAUACAGUAUUGUGGAUGAAUGAAGCUCUUGACAGGCAAGAAACGGAAGGCAACAAGACUGUUGAACGGGCAGACAUCCUGGAAUACCUAGCCUUUUCAACUUAUAUGCAGGGAAAUAUCCGUCAGGCUCUGAAGCUUACAGAUGAACUGCUGGAAGAGCGUCCUAACCACCAGAGAGCUCAGGGAAAUAAAGUGUAUUAUGAAGAGGCCUUGCAACAGCAGAAGACACAGAAGAGAGGGGAAUUAGGAGAUUUCAUGGAAGAUGAUGCUUCAGCUGUUGAGAAGAUUGAACGUCAAGCCUAUGAGCGUCUGUGUCGUGGUGAAGGAAAGUUGCCACUGGAAAUGUUACUGAAACUCCAUUGUUUCUACAAGAGUGGUCCUUCUGCUUACCUACGUUUAGCUCCUGUGAAAACUGAGAUUGCACAUAUCCAUCCAACAAUUCACAUUUUUCAUGAUGUUCUCGUUGAUUCGGAGAUAUCAGUGAUCAAAGAGUUGGCAACACCAAUGUUCAAGCGUGCUACUGUUCAGAACUACAAGACAGGAGAACUGGAAACUGCUUCUUACAGAAUCAGUAAAUCAUCAUGGCUCAAAGCAGAAGAUUCUAAGACUGUAGCUAAGGUGAAUCAAAGGAUUGAAGAUAUUACAGGUCUGAAUAUGCAGACUGCUGAAGAAUUACAGGUGGCAAAUUAUGGGAUUGGAGGCCAUUAUGAACCACACUUUGAUUAUGCACGGCGAGAAGAGAAAGAUGCCUUUAAAUCUUUAGGCACUGGUAACAGAAUUGCAACUUUCCUGUUUUAUAUGUCCGACGUUGAUGCUGGUGGCGCAACUGUUUUCCCACAACUGGAAUUAUCACUGUGGCCCAAGAAGGGCUCAGCAGCCUUCUGGCACAACCUGCAUCCCAGUGGCGAAGGUGACACCCUCACAAGACAUGCUGCUUGCCCUGUAUUAGUUGGUACCAAGUGGGUGUCGAAUAAGUGGAUUCAUGAACGCGGCCAGGAAUUCAGGAGACCCUGUGAAUUAGACCCUAGGGCAUUAUAAUUCUUUAAUCUGUAGCAUCUGUCCCCUUUUUACGUUCAUUGUGUGCAUGUCUUGUCAGUGUGUUUACAUGAAGAAAGUUUUAUAUUACCUAUAUUAUUUAGCUUGUUUUCAUCCCAUGGACUAUAAGGCAUUCAAAUUACAGUCUGUUUUGUAAAUGCAAAGUUUCUCUAGAAGAUAUGUGGCUAGUUAUUGAAAAAUCUAAUUGCAACCUGUGAUUUAAGUUUAGGUUGAGACAAGGAAGAAAAGCACAUAAUAUUACAAAGCUACCUUCCAUUCUAAAAGUUUUCAUAGUCCAGUCAAAAGAGGUUGUAAAAAUGUAUUCACAUUAUAAAGUAUAGAAACUUUUCAGCUUUUUGUGAUUAUAUUUGUGCAAAUUAUGCAUUCUACACUCCUGUAAUGAAAGUGACUUAAAUAAGAUAAGAAAGCAAAGGCAUUAAUAUAUAAUAGAAGACUUUAUUGCAUAAGUGUGUACAUAAAAAGUGUAAGUAGAUAGGAUUGUCAAGGAUGUUCAGAAAACAUGGCAUCUUUGUAAAAGUAGGUGUCCUGAGAAUAUUAAAGAUCCUGACAUAUUAUGAUUGCAGAUGUCUGUUGCAAGUAUGCUUACCUGUCAGUCAGAAGUUCCCUAUUUAAACAAAAUGCCAUACUUUAACACAUCAUAUAAAAAGUGAGGUAUGACUUGCUGACAUCAAUGAUGUGUGUGUACACCAAGUUUAUAGGACUGUUCACAUGUUAAUGCAAUAUAAAUAUUGUUUUACUUGAUAGUCAUUCAAAUGGUCAGAGUACAUAUAGAGUAGGAAUCAAUGUUGAGUGAGUAGCUGCAUAGAACUGUGUCAUAAAUGUAUCUUAAUUUAUCCCUAUGAAGAUCAUUAGUAUAUACUAAAGUAAGUGCAUUGCAGAACCUAAAUAAUUCAGAUUUGAUAUGUUGAUCUCAUUUUAAUAAGAUUUACAGAAGUAGGUCUUCAAAAAUUUCAGACCUUGGGUAUGCAGUCCUUUUUGCAAGUUAUCAUGAAAUUGAUUAAAUGUAUGUUCUGUAUAAGGAACAUUUUUUUUUUUUUUUAAUCAACUCACUGUGUCCAUGGAUGAUGUGAAGAGCUCUCAUAGCAGUAUAUUUAUUGAUAUACUGAUACUUGCACAAAUUUCAAACUCUUCUGCUCAUCUUAUAAACAAGUUUUCUUAUUGUGCACUGGUGUCCUGUACAGGUUGUAUAAUUGUUUUUACAUUCAGAAAUUUUGCUUAGUUAUUUGGAAAUACAGAGUUUAGGCAAACAGAAAAAAUGUUCUCUGGAAUGCGUUAUUAUAUUCUUAUGCCAGUUGUAAAGAAAUAUAACAGUGUUGGAACUGGUAUUCCAAAGUAUUUGAUUUUAAUUGUAUAUAUAUAUAACUUAUAGUAUUGUAACUGAAUUGUUUUGACCAAGGCAUUUGGGCACUGCAAAAGUAAGAUUACGGAGGUGCCAUAUGACCCAAUAUAUUUUUUUUAUAUGAAUGUUUGUUUUGGAAGUGUUCAAUGUAAUAAAUGAAGGCUUUUA